AUGUUUAUCUUGUCCUUGUUGUUUGCUGGUGCUCGUGCACUAUCAAUUCUGACAAAAACCAAUCCUGCGUCAAGAUAUAAUCUACUCAAUAUUCCAUCUGAAACAAAUAUACAUGUCAAUUUUCAAGGAUAUGACACUAGCGGUCGCCCAAUGAUGAAAACAUUCACAAAAUUUGAAGAAACGCUGGUAGAUUCCGACAAUAGCAUACAUGUAAUCAAUCCAGAUUGUAGUUUUGAUGUCAUUGCCCCCAAGGAUUUACUAAUGCAUUGCCGUGGACGUUUGAUGCGCAUCCGGAACCGCAGUGUGCAAUUGUUAGAUCAAUUUUCAGAUGCAUUCACGUAUGACCAUGUUCAACGACUAACCUACGUCUAUCGUCAACGAAACAUUUUUGUACUGCAGCCAAAUAGAACACUUCCAUCUUGUUGUGUGGAUGACCUUCGAGAUUUUAAUGUAGCUGAUGGCGUUUUGACAAUUUUACAUACAAACGGGACGAUUACACACAAUGGAACAGUCUUGGCACGUGUUGACCCAGCGCUUUAUAGUCGACUUCCAAUUUUUGCAACCAAAGAUUUUAGAAUGAAGACACCCCCGUGUGAGGAAAAUAGUAUAAAUUACGUGGCUGUAGUUGUGAUAGUCACCAUUCUUGUUGCUAUAAUCGAGUCAUGUGGCCGUCUACUACUUCUAGCCAAGACCAAACUAACUGGCUAG